GAAUCAGUUCGUCGUCGUGGAACAAGUGCAAAGAGUGGCUGAAAAUUGAAGUGAGGCUCAACUGGCGGUGGUGAGAAGUCCUUCAUCGAUCCUCACAUUGCCACAAGAGCCCAUAUUGCACCAGCACGGGACAUUUUCCACACCACGGACUCGGUUAGUGUGGAAUUUUUCCGUGGCCUGGAAGAGGAAAGCUGGAAAAGUGGUGGAAAAAGUGCAAGAAAGUGAGUGAAAAACGACAAGAGUGAGAAAAACUCGUGAGAUUGGGUGAAAAGUGUGUGCAGGAGGGAAUGGGCAGUGCUUCGAGUGACCCUAAAAUGGGGUAUAAUUUUCUGGGUGAAAAAUAAUGCCAAACCCCCACCCCCAACUUGAGCGCAAAAACCAUCAGAGGCUGGGGGCGAAAGAGCUACGGAAAAGCCACCCCGAGAGAACCCCGUGGGGCGCCAUGGCCCAGUGAAAAGUGUGUUUCGAGCCCCAGUGGAAAAGCCCUUCCCUCCGCCCCCCACCUGGAUGAAAAAGCCAUGAAGAAAAACUCACUCUUCUUUUCCACUAUGGACGACGACGGACUAUAGUAUUUCCCAGCGACAGUGGAAAAGCGCGUCCGACGGAAUCAGGCAUACAGAAGAAGAGAGAAAAGAGAAUAAAUCACAAGAGCUGUAGGAAAAAAGGGAGUGAGUUGGAGAAAAGUGACGAAGGAAUUCAGCAGAACAUCGUGAGAAAGUAUUUGCCAGAUAAAUUAGAGAGCAACGUGUGGAUUUCCCGGAGAUAUGCCGCUAGAAAGUCUGACUUCAAUUGCUAAAUAAACCGCGGAUUUUCCGCGGUGUAUUAUGUCUCGAGAAGCCUACACUUCAGCACCGGCCAUCAGUUCUGGCGCACGAAGUCCUGGCCGUUCCGCACGCCGCAUCACAGAACUCCCGACAGUUGAUCGUUCACCGUCACGGGAAUACGGCACGAGAGGAAGUCCUAUAGGACGAAACUUACGCUUUUCACGUUCCGGCAAUUCCUUCUUCCCCAUGAAUUACGGUCCCGAAUCUUCCACUUAUCACCACAAUUCCGUUGCAGCAAUGGGCAGCCCAUACUAUCGGGAUAUGGAUGAGCCCACGAGUCCGGCUGGCGGGGGGCACCAUCGCAGCAGGAGUGCCAGCCGGCCACCCAUCUCGCACGCAAUGGAUUACACCCGCACACGCUAUCAGUCCCUGGACCGAGGCGGGCUCGUCGAUCCGCACGAUCGGGAGUUCAUUCCCAUCCGCGAGCCCCGCGACAGAUCGCGCGAUCGCAGCCUCGAGCGUGGACUCUACCUCGAGGAUGAGCUCUACGGACGAUCAGCAAGACAAAACUUGGCAACCGAUCGCUCUUAUCUCGGUGAUCUCCAACACCAGAACUCGGAUCUGCAGCGUGAAUUGGGUCAGCUGAAGCGCGAAUUGGAUCUGACGAAUCAGAAGCUCGGCAGUUCAAUGCACAGCAUCAAGACAUUCUGGUCGCCAGAGUUGAAGAAGGAGCGCGCCCUGCGAAAAGAAGAGAGUGCUAAAUAUAGUCUCAUAAAUGAUCAAUUGAAGUUGCUAAAUAAUGAGAAUCAGAAACAAGCAAUGUUGGUGAGACAACUUGAAGAGGAACUUCGCAUGCGAAUGCGACAGCCCAGCAUUGAGAUGCAAAAUCAGAUGGAGCAACUUUAUGCGGAGAAUGAGCACCUCACGAGGGAAAUUGCCAUUCUCAGGGACACGAUUAAGGAGUUGGAACUGCGAAUUGAGACGCAAAAGCAAACUCUUCAGGCUCGCGAUGAGAGUAUCAAGAAAUUGUUGGAGAUGCUUCAGAGCAAGGGUAUGGCAGGCAAAGAGGAAGAGCGUCAAAUGUUCCAGCAAAUGCAGGCAAUGGCACAAAAACAGCUCGAUGAGUUCCGACUCGAGAUUCAGCGUCGCGACCAAGAAAUAAUGGCAAUGGCGGCUAAAAUGAAGACUCUUGAGGAGCAACAUCAGGACUAUCAGCGUCAUAUUGCCGUUCUCAAGGAGUCUCUCUGUGCCAAAGAAGAACACUAUAAUAUGCUGCAGUCGGAUGUUGAAGAACUCCGUGCUCGUUUAGAAGAAAAAAAUCGUUUAAUCGAGAAAAAAACUCAAAACGCUUUACAGGCUGUUCAGGAACGUAAUCGAUCAACUAAUGAACUGGCCGAGCUCAAGGAUCACAUGGAUAUUAAGGACAGAAAAAUCAAUGUCCUCCAGCGAAAGAUUGAAAAUCUCGAGGAUUUACUGAAAGAAAAAGAUAAUCAAGUGGAUAUGGCGAGAGCUAGAUUGUCAGCAAUGCAAGCUCACCAUUGCAGUUCAGAAGGCGCCUUGACAAGUCUCGAAGAAUCCAUUGGAGACAAAGAGAAGCAGAUACAGCAGCUCCGCGAUCAACGCGAUCGUGCCGAGCAGGAGAAGCACGAAGAACGCGAAUUGCAUGAACGCGAGAUAGCCGAGUACAAAAUGAAGAUGCACUCGCUGGAGAGUGAAGUGGACAAAUUGAACAUGCGACUGGAUCGUGCACUCACGGAGAAGGAGCGUCUCGAGGCGCGUCUUGAGAAUUCACAGAGUGAACUGGGCAAAUCCAAGGCAGAACUCGAUAAGGCCACAAGUGAGUAUGGUGCUUAUGGUCAGGUGGGACGCAGUGGCACAGAAUGGGAGUCGACGAGACAAAGAUUGCAACGUCUUGAAUUGGAGAACGAACGUCUCCGGCACGAUUUGGAAAGAUCCCAGCCACAAUUCCAGACUACAUUCGGGAGAAACACCCUAUCCACAUCCCAGGAGCUCGACAGAGCCCAGGAGAGAGCGGACAAGACCUCAGCCGAACUCAGACGCACUCAGGCUGAACUCCGAGUCACUCAGUCUGACGCCGAGAGAGCCCGAGCCGAGGCGGCAUCGCUCCAGGAGAAGCUGGAGAAGAGCCAGGGCGAGGUAUAUCGGCUGAAGGCGAAGCUGGAGAACUCCCAGGGCGAACAGGAGAGUCUGCGGCAGGAGCUUGAACGUUCUCACGGCGGUGUUCAACGCAUCCAUGGUGAGAGAGACAAGGCUCUGCUGGAGCUUGAGAAAUCCCGCGAAGAGUUGGAGCGCACGCAAGCCACUCUGGGCAAAGCGCAGCUGCAGCAAGAGAAGCUGCAGAACGCUCUGGACAAGGCGCAAAAUGAGGUGGAUCAUCUGCAGGAACGCCUGGACAAGGGUGUCGCCGAGUCACGUCGGCUUCAGCUGGAGAAGGAGAAGCAGGCGUAUGACUUUGAGAAUCUCCAAUCGCAGCUAGACAAGGCCCUUGGUCAGGCGUCGCGCAUCCAGAAGGAGCGUGAAACCAUUCAGCUGGAUGCGGAGCGUUUCAAGGACAAGACUGAGAAGAUCCAGUUGAACCUGGGGCGACUGCAGAAGGAGCGCGACACGCUGUUCGAGGAGUCUGAGAAGAAUAAGGAGCGAGCAGAGACUACGCAGACACUCCUGCUGAAGGCACAGCGCGACAAGGAACAGAUUCAGACGGAGCUGGAUGUGGUGAAGGAGCGCUGGGAGAAGGCUCACAGUGUCCACCAGAAGCUUCAAAUGGAGCGCGACGAUGCCUGCACGGAGAUUGACAUUCUCAAGGAGAAGCUCGACAAGGCUCUAUACGCCAGUCAGAAGUUGAUUGACGAGAAGGACAACUCAACCAAGGAGUUCGAGAAGAUGCUUGAGAAGUACGAUAGAGCACAAAAUGAAAUCUAUAGACUCCAGUCGCGCUGUGAUACGGCCGAGGCGGAUCGGGCGCGUCUCGAAGUGGAGGCUGAGCGAUCAGCAUUGGCCGCCACAAAAGCACGUGAGGACUUGAGAAAACUCCAAGAGGAGACCACGAGACUGCAAGAAGCAUGCGAUCGAGCAGCAAUGCAACUCACCAGAACCAAGGAGAUGGAAGACAAGGCUCGCGAGGAGUCUGACUUGACUAGAGAGCGAAUGGAUAAGGUGCAGACGGAUUUGAGACGCACACAGGCCGAGAAGGAGCACCUCCAGGCCGAACUGGAGCGUUUGACAUAUGAACUGGACAGAGCACACAACUCCUAUACAAAACACACUGCCGCAUUGGAUUCUGCACAAGAAGAGGCUGCCCGCUUCAGUCUAGAAUUGGAGAAGUUGAGGGACAGAUACGAGAAGAGUCAGGCAGAAGUACGCCGCCUGCAGGAGCUCGAGACUUACACACGCGAGUCACGCCGCUCCAAAGAGGAGAACGAGCGUCUCAGAGACAAACUGGAUAAGGCUAUGAAAGAGCUGGAGACCAUUCGUGGCAAAUCGCAAUACGAAGAGGAAACCUUCCAAAAGAUUCGCGAGAAACUCGAGCACAAGGAGAAUGAGACCCAAAUCAUAGAGGCGAAGCUUCACGAACAAACUCUUCAGCUGGAACUCUCGAAGCAGGAAUGUGCUAAGGUGAUAGCCAAUCAGGAUAAGCAGAGGAGUGAGCUGGAGAGAGCACAUAUUGAGUGUGAGAAGAUCCGUGACAAGCACGACAAGCUCAUUAAGGAAGUGGAACGCAUGAGAACUCAUCCCAAUGCCAUAUCGCCAUCCAUGAUGCCGAGUCUCACAGCUGCCGACAAAGGAGAGGUGGACAGACUUAGAGAUCGUCUAGAGAAGGCUCUGCAAAGCCGAGACGCCACCGAGAUGGAGGCCGGUCGCCUGGCAAAGGAAUUGGAGAAGGCACAGAUGCAUCUAGCUAAGCAACAGGAGGCAGCCGAGGCCACAAGGAUCGAGUUCGAAAGAAUGAACGCAGAGCUUGGACGAGUCCACGAGCGUCUGGAACGUGCUGAAGCGGAGAAGGAGUCCCUACGACAGUCAGCGAGAAUGUUCGAGAAGCGCGACAUGCAAGCCAACCAGAUCGAGAAGAAUAUCAUGAAGAUCGAGGCGGAUGCCAAACAGUUGACAGUGGAGCGGGAUCAAUUGGUAAUGCAGCUGGAGAAGAGCCAGGACAUGCUGAUGAACUUCCAGCAGGAGUUGAAUGCCACAGAGCAGGAACUUCAGAGGCAGCGCGAGGAGAAUCGCCGCCUUGUUGGCGCCAUGAAGGGACAACCACCAAGCUCGCAGGAGAUGCAGGCUCUCAGGCAGGAGAUCGCCAUCCUGAAGCAGCGUCUGCAAGAAACCGGCGCUCGUGGGGACAAUGAGAUGGAGCAGUGGCGAAAGGUUGUGGAGCAGGAGAAGAUCCGAGCUGAUGAAGCUGAGAAGAUUGCCACAGAACUCCACAAGAGGGUUCAGAUGCUGGAGAAACAACUGCAGCAGCAGAUGAACCAAAUGGCCAAUCUGCAGAAGCAGCAGCCCCAGCAAAACGCACAAAUCAACCCACAGGAAUUGGAGAAAAUGCGCAAUGAGCUCCAAAUGGCCACAGUGGAGCGAGACAGAUUCCAGGCCCAGCUCGAGAUGCUCGUCCAGGAGUUGGAGAAGAGCCAGUUGGAUUUGCACGAGGCAAACAAAAAGUUGCAGUCAAUGCAGCAGAACAAUGUCCAGAAGGGCGCCGGCAUGGAUGAGGCGACCAAGAAGCAGAUGGAGGCUCAGGCUCGACAGAUAGAGGAGACCAAGAAGCAGAUUGAGGCCCAAGUGAAGACCAUCGAGAACGAGCGGCGUCUGCUGGAGGAGCAGCGAAAGACAGUGGAGAGCAAGCGCAAGGAGGUUGAGGAGAAGGAGAAGAAUCUGGCUGAGUUCGACAGGCAGCUGAAGAAGCGCAAGGAGCAGAUGGAUCAGUUGGAGAAGUCGCUGCAGAAGCAGGGCGGCACCGCAGCGGCGGCCGGCGAACUCAACAAAAAGUUAACAGAAACCCAACGACAAUUGGACGCAAUCACCAAGCAAUUCGAAGAGGCUAAGGAAGAGGCCAAGCGUGCUGCCACUGAGACAGAGCGACUCCUGCAGCUAGUGGCAAUGAGCCAAGAGGAGCAGAAUGCCAAGGAGAAGACCAUCAUGGAGCUUCAGCAGGCACUAAAGAACGCCAAUGCCAAGAGUCAUCACGCACAGCAGCAACUCGAGGAGCAACGAAAGAAGGAAGAGAGUUCAUUGUUGAAUUUGGUCUUUGGCAAACUCGAGGGACUCCUCGGAGAGAUGGUCCAGGAUGAGCCAACGAGCAUGGAAAACCACAACAGUCUCUGCGAUGACCAGGUGGCCAUCGAGCGACACUUUGGUCAAUUGGAAAAGCUGCUCGAGGAAUCGAGGAGGAAACAAAGGAGGGUGAACGAAUUGGAGGAUGCACUGAGACAGAGUGUUUUAAUUGUAAGCGAGCGAGAGAACGAUUUUCUCUCCCUCGAGGAGAGCAAGAGGCAAUUGAGUGACAAGGUAAAGAAAAUGGAGCAGAGAAUUGCAUCGCUGCAGAACGCAAAGUUUCUCAGAUGCAAAUCUUGUCAACUGUUGACGAAACGUUUGGAGCUUUUGAAUGGGAAAUUUCACAUUUUACUACAAGAGAAACGAUCUAGGCUGCAAGAGCUCACGAAUAUUAGACAAGAGGCGAUUGAGAAGGCGAUUUCAGAGAAGGACGCCAGAAUCGCUCAGCUGGAAGUUUCUGGUGCUAAGACACAGGAGCAAAUUGAGUCUUUAGAUCAAUUACGUAGUGAUAGGAAUAAAUUGAACAAUCGCUUAAAAGUAGAGUGUGAAAAUUCUUUGAGUUUGUUACUAGAGUGUAGUUCCUUUGAGAAAGAGCUUUCUAACAUAUUCUUUAUCGAAGAUCCAAUUUACGAUGAUUUUGGAUAGAUGAGAAAGAGCCACACACGAUGGACAUCCCCAAACUUUGUGCUGUGGACAGAGAGAGAAUCCCAUGAAUCCGUUCAGAGGAGUCCUUCAGCUCCGUGUACAAUUCAUUCCAUGAUCUAGGACAGAAAAUUAAGAGAAACACUUUAUAAAUACUCAUCAAGUAAAAUCGACAAAGGAAAGAUAAGUAGAAAAAAAUUCACAUACACCAAGAUAGAAUAUAUAGAGAAUUUUCAAUGGAUGGUUUUAUGCUGUACAAAAGGUAUUUUCAUCACUUUUUUCAAGCAUCAUUAAAUAUCAUCUUUCUCAUAAGUGCAUUUUCGUCAAACAAAUCAAUCAUUGCGAAAAGAAAACACACACACAGACAUGAUCAUUGAAUGUACAAAACGACACAUUUUCUUCUCUCUGUAGAAAAGGAAAACACAAUCUUCGGUUUUCGGGGAAAAAAAAACUAUAUUUAUUGAAGAACAAUCAUGUAGCAUGAAUUUUAAAGUAAUUAUUCUAUUUUUUAUCACUAUACUUAAUUUUCAUCCAAUCAAAUUAUUAGUAGAAGUUUUUUCCUUAACAAGGAAAGGAGAAAAAGAUGAUCGUUGUAAGAAAUCAACCCUCAUUCUGUAUCAUUCCUCAAUCAUAUCAUAUUUUGAACAUCUCUUCUCAAGAUUUCAAAUCUAUAAAUUCCUGCCUCCCUGAACUCCACUAAUCCUCAAUCUUUACUAUUCUAAAAACCCUCCUGAAUAUAUUUACAAAGUUUAUCUCUAACAUUUCUAAUAUUUAUGUAAAGAAAAGAAAAGGAAACCAGUGAAAAUAUUUAACUAUAAAUUGUAUUGAAUUGUAAAGCCGAAUAUCAGUAUUAUUGUGACAAGAGAUAAAGCGGAAAAUGUUGAUGAGAAAUCCAGGUAAAAUGAGAGAAUACUAUGUUAUUUCGUACCUUGAGAGAUGCAAGCAAGAAGAAGAACGCGAAAUGCGUGGCAUGAGAGAUAUUUCAAAAAGGAUCACGAGACAACACCACAGAGAAUACUUUGAAUUGAUAACGCAAAAAAUUACGCAAAAAGAAAAGGCAUGGAAAUACAUUAUAGACAAUAAUUCAAAAAGGAUGAAUAUAUACUUUUAAAACAUAGCCAUCACAGACGUUGUAAUAUUUGUUGAUAAAAUAUUUAACGAUGUGGCAGUGUUCUUCUGACAUCAUUAUGAGAACAAAGUAAUAAAUUGUAUAUAUAAAUACAUGUGAAUGGUAAAUGUUUGUGAUUUUGUGUUUGCUGUUAUUCUUCUCGUAUCAUUUGUCUCUUUAUCAGAGUAUUUCCACAUCGUCUGAAAUACUUUCCGCAGCAAUCUUGCCAACAAAAUUAGUAAACACAGACAAAUUUGAGAGGUUAUUCAACAAAUACGUGAAUAGUCUUAAGCGAAAGAAAAAAAAAUACUAAGAAUAGUAAAUAUUUAUAAACUUAUGUAAUUAUUCAUUUUGUCUCAAUUUUUUUCCUCUCAAUUUUUCAAAUCACAUUUCAUAAAUGGCUCAUAGGCAACAUUGUUCAAAAAAAAAUUCACCCCUUUUCGCUAAAAUUGUUCUUUUUUUUUGUCUUGAAAGAAGAAAAUCUUUGAAACAUCCAUGACAGAAUGAAUCGCAAAUGCAUAGAAAGUCUGUUAAUGUGCGGAGAGAUCUUAAUGUUGUUAUUGUUGACUUAAAGAAAGUACAUAAAAUAUCAACUCAGUAAAUAGGAGUGAAGAAAAGAACUAUAUACAGAAAAUAUACGCGCAUUUCUGAUUAUUUCCC